UAUGAAGAAAAGAAUCAAAAGAUUACAAGGUUCAUCUUAUGUAAUUUCUCUUGAGCCAGAAGACAUAUUGGGAUAAGGAUCAUUUGGUAAAGUUGUGAGAGCCUAUGAUCUUGACAAUAGGGAAGAACAAUUAGUGGCUAAAAUAAUGGAAAUAGGAACACAAAGUAAAUUGGAAUCAUUAUAACAUGAACUCACAGUUUUGGAAUAAUUUUAAAGUGAUCAUUAGAACCUUGUUUAAUACAAGUAAUUUAAUUUACGAUCAUCCACAGGAGGAAGAAGUUGUAAUCAACCAAAGCUUGUUACAUUAUAAUGGAAUAUUGCAAUGGGGGAACUUUGGAAGAUAAAAUGAAAAAUAAAUUUUGGUCUGAAGCUGAAGUUAUGGACUUUUUAAGUUAAUUUUGUAGUGGCUAUCGUGAAUUGUUAAUGUAAAAUAUUAUUCAUAGAGGUAUUAUCAUUAUAAAUCAUGAAAUUAGAUUUGAAACCAGCUAACAUUAUGAUUCAUGAUAGAUUUUAUAAAAUAACUGAUUUUGGUCUUGCAAAAAUAGUGAAUACUUUAGUAGAUAAACUAACAAUAUCAUUUAAAGGCACUCCUCUUUAUAUGGCACCAGAAAUGAUACAAGAAGAAGCAACAGCUGAUCCUAAAAUUGAUAUGUGGAGUCUUGGAAUAAUAUUAUAUAGGAUGCUCUAUAAUAAAUAUCCUUUUUUGAUUUAAAAUAAAAAGUAUGAUAGAGAAACUGCAUUCUCAGAUAUUGUCAAUAAUGCUUUGAAUAUUCCUUAAACCCCAAAGAGAUCUGAUUUUAUCAUUUCAUUGCUAUAAAGAAUGCUUAAAAAAUAGAGUAAAGAUCGAAUAGGAUGGGAAGAAUUAUUUUAAUUACCACAAAUAAAAAUUCAAUAUUAACCCCAAGUUAAUUAAAACCAUUAAAUGAUAUCUUCAUCAGUAUUUAUUUAAUAGAUGGUAAUCCAAAAAGUCUCUCUCAUUAAAGUAUAGCCAUUUAAGAAUAAAAAAGUAAUGUCUUUGGUUUCUUAAAUAUUAACAGAAGAUGAUAUAAAAAAAUAAAGUGAAGAAAAAGAUAAAGAAUAAAAAUAAAUUUUAAAUGAAAUGAUGUCAAAUCUAAAUAAUAAGUAUUUUAUUCUAAUGUUAUAAGGUUACAAACUUAAUUAUAAAUUAAUUAAAUUGAAGAUAUUCUAUUUUAUUUUCAUGAAUAAAUAUUUUUCUUAGAUAAAGUGGCAAUGAGAGUUUAUAGAUUAAAUUAAGUUAUUCCAGAUAUUGAUUAUAACAUCACAUAUAAUAUUACUGCAGAAAUUUUAACUUAAGCUUUAGGAUCAAUUCAAAAAUUACAAAAACUUUAACCAUUAAGUGCUGUCUAAGCAAACUUAUAUAAAUAAACUGAAAACUAUCAAAUAUUUUAAUCAUUACUAUAAUAAGAUUAAUUAGGUUUAGAAGAUUUUUAUAAAGAAGUAAAGAAUAAGAUAGUUUCACAUUUAAAAAAUCCAAUUAAUUAACUCUUUCAGAUUAUAUCUAAUCUACCAACAAUUAAUUCUAUAGUUUAAAUUUAUAUCACUAUCAAAUACUUAAAGGACAGUUAGAAUAUAAAUGAAUUAAACUUUUCUAUUAUGGAAGACUUUUGGACUUAUUAUGAAAAUGUAGAGAAUACCUCAGAAUAGGAGGCUUUGCAGUAUCUUCAAAAAGAAUUGAUUUGA